GGCCCUAGUCCUCCUCCAAUGGCUGGUGGAUGAGGAAGGUAAAUGUCUGCUCUAAGAAGCAGACAACUGGACAUGCACAUUCAUAGCAGAAGGAAACCAUCAAAGAGUGGAGGCUGACCAGGCUGGACAAGUAGAUGAAUGUGUAUGUCUAAACAAGAAUUGCUCUGUGUCCUUACAGAUGAAUGAGGUUGUGCUGGGAAUUCCCUGCACAGGGAUCUGGCAUGACUGAUAUGCAGUUCUAUAAAUGCACAUGUUUGUCUCAUCUUUUUUGUAUUGGUUAUGAAAGUAUUAAUAUAGUUUUAAUAAGUGAAUAUUUUUAGGUUAUAAAAGUGACUUCUCAUCUUUAUAAUUAAAAAAACUGAAUUGGAAGAAAUAUAAAAGAUUGUCUUCAGUAUUUUUAGUGUUACCUUUUUCAACCUCUGAGAUACUGUGCAUUGUUAAUUUCUUCUCAUUUAUAAAUAAAUCACAUUGUACUUAUUUUAGUAGUAUGCAUAUAUUAUCUGUGUUAAUUGCAUAGGAAAUAUUUGUCCCAUGAACCUUUAAUACUUGUCUGAUUUGCUAUCAAAUAUAAUUAUCAGGGUAUUCAUAAAACUGUAACCGACAGACCUGAGCUACAAAAUGAAGAUUUGCCAGAUGGUCUUUAAAAUCAUGGAUAGCAAGGCUAUCUGGACGAAUUUGAAUUCUAAACUUUGCUUAAGAACACUGCCUAUUGGCUCUCACCCCCACCGGAAUGCUGGUUACUCAAAUUCUUUCACGAGAAUGGAAACUGAAGUUAAGGAUUUUGUCUUCUUUACCACAGUGCUUUGAAUAAUGACUACAUGUAAUAGGUAUUAAAAUAUUGGAAAAAUGAAUGAUACAGAUAAAUUCUACUUCAGUGUUUUAAAGACUUUCAAACUAUUCAGGUAAAACCAUUUUGAUAUCUAUUUAUAAUUAUUUAUUCUACCCUAUUUGCCAGGAAAUGGGAAUAUAGUGGCAUAAGACACCUGUAUUCAAAAAUAAGAAAAGCAAUUAAAAUGAGUUUAAGAAAAAGUAUAAUAAAGAUAGUUUAUUAUUAUCAAGUCUGUGUCAGAUAUUUAGUCUCUUUACAUACUUUUUAAAAAAUUUUUUAAUUUUAAUUUUGGGCAUUAUCUUAUGUGCAGAUGUUCUCACCCUGCACCCGUGUCUUUUUUAUAUACUUUUAAUUCUGGCAUUUUGUCCAGCCUCUAGCUAAGGCUGUAAUACAGGAGAUCAGGAUCAAGUCUCUGUAGGCGAUGGCUUCUUUGCCUCUGACCCACGAUCUACCCCUCAGAACUGCUGCUGCAGGUCUCAUCCUACAGUCCUGGUUGCAUUUAAUAUUUAACAGCUGUGAGGAGAAAAUGAGAUGCCAGUUAUCGACCUGUCCACUGAAAACAACAACAAAAAUACUAUAUUGUGGCAUCCUGCUAGAGGGCUCAAUUACUGCAACAUCCACCAAACCCAAACACCACCCCGCCUCCGUCCUGUACAAUUUCGCCCUUCCGCUUUCCCAGAGUUCUCUGGGGGCGACGGCCUGGCAGCCAUGUUGGUUAAGGGCAGUGUCUGUGAGGCUGCGCGGACUCACGGGCUCCUCAGCUCUGGCGUUCACCGCGUCGGUCUGAGGCAAAGGGCCGGUGGGCGCCCGUGGCCACGAUGACCCAAGCAGAGAAGGGGGACGCGGAAAACGGAAAGGAGAAAGGCGGGGAAAAGGAGAAGGAGCAGCGCGGCGUGAAGCGGCCCAUCGUUCCCGCGCUGGUGCCGGAGUCGCUGCAGGAGCAAAUCCAGAGCAACUUCAUUGUUGUUAUACAUCCAGGAUCAACAACUCUGAGGAUUGGUCGAGCCACAGACACACUUCCUGCCAGCAUUCCUCAUGUCAUUGCAAGAAGACACAAACAGCAAGGGCAGCCCUUAUACAAGGACAGUUGGCUCCUAAGGGAGGGACUAAAUAAACCUGAAAGUAAAGAACAAAGACAAAAUGGCCUUAAAAUGGUGGAUCAAGCAAUAUGGUCUAAAAAGAUGUCAAAUGGCACAAGACGGAUUCCUGUGUCCCCUGAACAGGCACUCUCUUACAACAAGCAAAUGCGACCUGCAAUAUUAGAUCACUGUUCUGGAAAUAAAUGGACAAACACAUCUCAUCACCCUGAAUUCUUGGUAGGAGAGGAGGCCUUGUAUGUUAAUCCACUGGACUGUUACAAUAUUCACUGGCCUAUCAGAAGAGGCCAGUUAAAUAUUCACCCAGGACCUGGAGGUUCCCUUACAGCUGUUCUGGCAGAUAUUGAAGUAAUAUGGUCUCAUGCAAUACAGAAAUACUUGGAAAUCCCACUGAAAGAUUUAAAGUAUUAUAGAUGUAUCUUGUUGAUUCCUGAUAUCUAUAAUAAACAGCAUGUAAAAGAAUUAGUGAAUAUGAUCCUAAUGAAAAUGGGUUUUUCAGGGAUUGUGGUCCAUCAGGAGUCUGUGUGUGCCACCUAUGGAAGUGGCUUAAGCAGCACAUGUAUCGUAGAUGUUGGGGAUCAGAAGACAAGUGUGUGCUGUGUAGAAGAUGGGGUCUCUCAUAGGAAUACUCGGCUCUGCCUGGCAUAUGGGGGAUCUGAUGUGUCAAGAUGUUUUUACUGGUUGAUGCAGCGAGCUGGGUUCCCUUACAGAGAAUGCCAGUUAACAAAUAAAAUGGAUUGCCUUCUUCUGCAGCAUCUUAAAGAAACUUUUUGUCAUUUAGAUCAGGACAUCUCUGGGCUUCAGGACCAUGAGUUUCAGAUACGACAUCCAGAUUCCCCAGCGCUGCUUUACCAGUUUCGCUUAGGAGAUGAAAAACUCCAGGCUCCAAUGGCUUUGUUUUACCCAGCAACUUUUGGAAUUGUUGGACAGAAAAUGACGACCUUGCAACAUAGAUCCCAGGGUGAUCCUGAAGAUCCUCAUGAUGAGCAUUACCUACUGGCCACACAGAGCAAACAAGAGCAGUCUGCAAAAGCUACUGCUGACCGAAAGUCUGCAUCCAAACCCAUUGGAUUUGAAGGGGAUCUUCGUGGCCAGUCCUCUGAUCUUCCAGAAAGACUUCAUUCCCAGGAAGUGGAUUUGGGAUCCUCCCAGGGAGACUGCCUAAUGGCUGGCAAUGAUUCUGAGGAGGCCCUCACUGCACUGAUGUCCAGGAAGACUGCUAUCUCACUGUUCGAAGGGAAAGCCCUGGGCCUGGAUAAAGCCAUCCUUCAUAGCAUAGACUGCUGUUCAUCUGAUGAUACCAAAAAGAAGAUGUACAGCUCCAUCCUAGUGGUGGGAGGUGGCUUGAUGUUUCACAAAGCUCAAGAGUUUCUACAGCACAGAAUUCUCAACAAAAUGCCGCCUUCAUUUAGGCGAAUUAUUGAAAAUGUGGACGUGAUCACAAGGCCCAAGGAUAUGGAUCCCCGACUGAUUGCAUGGAAAGGAGGGGCAGUGUUGGCUUGUUUGGAUACAACCCAGGAACUGUGGAUUUAUCAGCGAGAAUGGCAGCGCUUUGGUGUCCGCAUGUUACGUGAGCGAGCUGCUUUUGUCUGGUGAAAUGGACAGAAAAAGUCACUGUUGAAGACCAAAAACAAGCCUUUUGGUAUAAAAGACUUAACAGAAUUACGUUUUUUAAUUUAUUGACUUAAAUGCUUAAGUUCUUGGAUAAUAAAUGAAUUUUAAAUUUUAUGUUGACAACAUGACAUUGGUUUGAAAUUAUAAGCUGCUUUUAUAGUCAGGACAUUUGAGAAUGAACAUAAACUUUCUCUUUGGUGCUAAAUUCUCCUGCCCUUUCUCAGGGUCUCAUACAUGUCUCAAUGAUGUAAAAUACUGUUGAGCAGUCCUCAAGCAGUGAAGUCUUUCAUGUAAGUCACUUCAUGUAGGUCGAUAGUAUCUUCAAGCACAGUAUCUCAUGCUGCCACGGGGCACCACAAGCAUGUGAUCUGUGCACACAGAUUGCCAGAAGUCUGUGGCAUGCCCUUUUCUUUCUUGUGUAGUACAACAAGCACAUAUGUCCUCACUUAUGUUUUGGAAUUCCAAAUAGGGAAAAAGAGGGGUUUUUUUCUGCCCGUUUUCUAUUGGAGUACAAAAAAGAUUGGAGCCCAUUCAGGUGUAGAUAUUCAGAGGCAGAGAAUUUAGCUAGCUGAUAUUUGUUACCUAAUAUGCCAUAGGGUGGGCUUAGGGAAAGAAAACCAUUAUUUGACCAAAACAAUAAAAACUGAAAGGACAAGCUUAUUUCCUUUUUGAAGCCAAACAAAAGACAGAUAAAAUUUAGAAUUAUUAGGUUGUGUUGUACGAUAAAAAAGUGAGCCCUGUCAUUACUAAUAAGUUAAUCAUCAAGCCACCAGUUUCCCUUUAGCUGAAUAACCAAAUGGAAGCUUUUGGAGUUCUUUGUAUUCUGUUUGAUUAUCUUUAAUAUGUGAGCAAUUUGCAUCAAAAUCAAAAUAUAGACAGCUAUUUCCAUCCGUGGUCCAGACCUUAGUGAAGCCUUUUGAACCCAUGGCAGGAAGAGAAGGCAUUAUCCAGACACAGGAGCCAAUAAGUACAGGUGGGUGCUCAGACGGGUGGGGGGUGGGGAAUCAAGAGAAAGCCUGACUCCUGCCAAUCCCCAUUAGGCACAUGCUUCCACCACCUCACUUAUCAAGAACUGAGGGUGGGACUGGAGGAAGGCUAAAGUAGGGAUGGAUAAAAGAUGAGUGGAAUACAGAAUGAACAGGAAUGGUUACAUGUCUUGGGAAAUGCUGGUACUGGAGAAAUGCUGGUACUGGAACAUUUUGCAUUAAUAGUGUUGGUACAACAGGUUAGGAACAAGCAAUCGUUCACAAGUAUAACAAUUUUAACUUGCUAGUACUAUGUGUGAUGUAUGCCUUCAAUUUGAAAUUGUAUUUUUAAAAAUAUUUUUGAAAAUAAAUUUACAGUGUUUCUGAACUGUUUCAACACAUUGUAGUAUCUGUUACCUAGUUCUAAAAGCAUAGUGUCUUUAUGUUCAUAAUAGUUUUUCACAUGGUAAUAGCAUAUCCUAUGCUCUUAGGCCUUAUGCUGGUAGAUGUUUAUUCAGGAAUUUGAGUUUUCAUCCAAGUUUUGGCAUAAGCCAUGUCCACUACUAUUAUGAAGUCUUAAAAGCAUUGUGAAACCUAAUCAUGACAAGUGAACUUUACCACAUUAAGCACUGCCUCAGCCAUUAUUACAUCUCUGCUUGUGAAAGCUGGGCACAGUGAACUUCACUUCUUUAUUCUGGUUUUUAUUUUAUCCAUCACACAUGUAAUAGAAGUGGCGCAUGGCCUUUAAGGAUAAUCUGCUAGCACAUUUUAAGUCAUUUAGCUGGAAAUGAUCCACAUUCUAGACUAGGUUCAAUAUUACAUUGAAAGAUACAAGCAUUCCUAGGGAAAUACUUGCUAGUAUAAAUUUAGCCUUUUGAUGACCUCUGCAUUAAAAAAAUAUUUUUGUGUUUGUUUUCAAAAUCCCUUCUAUAAAGACUUGAAUCUAAUUUGGAGAGGGACAGCCCCAGGCAAAUAUUAAAUAAAGCAAGUGAUAUAAACGGGUCAUCUAUCAGCAAAGACAGAUUCAGCUUGUUCCCUAUUUCUGUUAUCUUAAAGACUUGUGUGAAACAAGACUUUUCCCUAAGUUAAUUGAGGGCUUCUUAAAUUUGUCAUUCAUUAAUUAAACUUAGGUCUAAACUGUUCAGUCCAGUGCAUAUGCUAAUAUUCCAGAUUGGAUGUUUGGCUGGAAGAUACUUUACCAGAAUGGUUAGAGUUCUACAUUUUAAGUUGUUGAUUUUUAAUGAAAUUGAUUUUAGCUUUAUAAUAAAUGUAGUUUCUGUUCUUUAAUGUUAUGGUAGUGAUAUUUUGUAUAUCAUAUGAUAUAUCAUAUAUUUUGUAUAUCAUUGGCAUAAAAUUUUUUAAGUAUUGGACUAAGGCAUACGUACUCAGUUUUGAAUCCACCCUAUUCCUACUGCUAAAGUGUAUAUGCUACUAUAUGUGUAUUUUUUUCCCCCUACAAGUAGUCCAAAGAAUAAGCUAGAAUCAUCAGAGAUGUUCUUUUUCCUUGUUUCGGACGGGUAGAAGGGCAUCAAGGUCUCUUGCUUCUCAUGGGUAGACUACAAGGAGCAGUGGUUGUGGCAGGCUUGCUGCUUGACACGGAGAAGUUCUGUGCAGAAAGUGGGAGCAUCCUUCAUGAGGAGGUACUUGGGGCAGACAUUGAGGGCAUUGUAAUCGUCUUUGGUAUCACCCUCUCUAAAAUAGACCACCAUGUAUUUGUGCAGGUGAGUCUGGCUUCUCAGAUCGCUACAGAAGAGGUUAAAGGCCAGGGGGAACAGGUCUUGGGCGUUCUCACCGGAGCUGCCCUGGCUCCUGCCACAGGUGCCAUCACACAUGGGGCUGACAUCAUUGGAAAGAAGGAAGAUGACCUUAUCCACAGCUUUCUUCUGAGUGGUAAGCCACUGCACUAGACCCAUCUCGGCUAUUUUCUUUUUUUGCCAUUUUUCAAGUAUAACUUCGCUUCUGCAGUGGUUUUGAAGAAAUUCAGUGAAGCAACAAACUGUGUGGUGAAAACAUACUUCAGAUGGGUAAACCACAAGAAUCUUAAUGGGUGGCAGUAAUGUGGUAUUAGGAAAGGAAAUCUUCUUGAUUCUUUCUGUGGGGGGAAAAGCACUUGUUAUCUAUGAACAGCUAACAAGUUUUCACUCUAAACUGUCUAAUAAAUGAUCCCUUGCUAAGGAACACUGGCUAAGCACCAGGGGUGUUACUUCUGCUAGAGAAUAAACUUUCCCUCAUGUUCCUUCAGAGCAUGUCACCUGAAUGAAACCUGGCGCAGGCAGUUGAGCGCCGCACUGUGAAGCUGUCCGCAGCAUCUACAGUGCGGGUUCGAUCCUGGCCAGCCAGCGAUAAUCCCACAUGGUGUGGCAGACCUCUCCUGUCUCACCCGCUGCUCCCCUCAGCAAUGUAUUUUGUCAGUCUGCCUGUUCUGUUCCCCCCUCUGUCUCUGGUGAAUCCUCUCCCUCUCCCACACAUCUGACCUAUAACCUGGUUCUUGUAUAAAUAAAUCAAUCAUAAAAAAAAGGAUGUAUUUUCUAAGAGUCCUUAUGACUACAUCAUUCCUCUAAAUCAAGCCACAUCUUUUCAAAUUCUUAGAAACCGUUUUAAGCUAUUUUGUUUCAGGUGUGUUUUGUAUUUAGUACUGUUAGUGCCAUAUAUAUGCCAGGACACCUGACCCCUGUGCUGCCUGUUUUGAGUUGGGUUAACAAUAGUUGUUCCACCUUCUACCUGCAGGUGGGAGAGUUUCUUUAUAAAUAGUUGCAUAAGUGGUGCUUCAUUUCAUCCCCUAGAACUUAACUGUAACUCUGUCGGUAUGCACUAUAGAACAGAAGCUAUGAAUCAAAGUACUUUAAUAUUCGUCAAACAUCCCCUAAAUAUGAGUAUUUCUAAGGUCCAAUUGCUAUAUGACUUUCUUAGCUUAGAAAGAACAUGGGAUCAGUUUGGUUCUAUCCUCAUCACAAGUGACUCAAAAUUUGCACUUAUAUUUUCUAUUUGCGGAAAAGAGGU